UGUCUUUCAGCUUUCCGGUUCAUAUGUGAUUUUUUAGAUGAUUGUUUUCAUGUCAUCUCUUAAAUUCAGUCAAUUCAUUUUUAUUAUUAAUUUUUAAUUUGUUGUCAUCUAAAGUUUCAGUGUUUAUUCUACACAACAUCCUUGGCUUCCAUUAAAUUGGUUAGAAUUAACUGUUAUAACCGGUUUCAUCAUGAUGGACGACGAGGGUGAUCUGUUUGGUGAAGAGGAUAAUGCCGAGAUUGCACCAGAUCUUUGGCAAGAAGCUUGCUGGGUCGUAAUUAGUUCUUAUUUUGAUGAAAAAGGUUUAGUUCGACAACAAUUGGACUCUUUUGAUGAAUUUAUUGAUAUGUCCGUACAAAAAAUUGUUGAAGACUCUGCUCUCAUUGAAUUACAGGCUGAAGCUCAGCAUACUUCUGGUGAAGUCGAAAAUCCACCAAGAUAUGUUUUAAAAUUUGAACAACUCUAUCUUUCCAAACCUACACAUUGGGAAAAAGAUGGUGCACCGGCUCCUAUGUUACCCAAUGAAGCUAGACUACGUAAUUUAACUUAUGCAGCUCCUCUUUACGUUGAUGUCACUAAAACGGUAAUUAAAGAAGGCCAAGAGCCAGUCGAAACUCAACAUCAGAAAACUUUUAUUGGUAAAAUUCCAGUCAUGUUAAGAUCCAAAAGUUGUUACCUAUAUGGUUUGACUGAUCGUGAUUUAACUGAAUUAAAUGAAUGCCCACUUGACCCUGGUGGAUACUUCAUCAUCAACGGAUCUGAAAAAGUAUUGAUUGCCCAAGAAAAGAUGGCAACUAAUUCUGUCUACGUUUUCAGUAUGAAAGAUUCUAAAUACGCUUACAAAGCAGAAUGUCGUUCUUGUAUCGAGCAUUCAUCUCGUCCAACAAGUACUUUAUGGGUCAAUAUGCUUUCAAGAGGUAGCCAUGGUACUAAAAAAACUGCUAUCGGACAACGUAUAAUAGCUAUUAUUCCAUAUAUUAAACAAGAAAUUCCCAUCAUGAUUGUAUUCAGAGCUUUAGGUUUUGUUGCCGAUAGAGAUAUCUUGGAACAUAUUGUUUACGAUUUCGAGGAUCCUGAAAUCAUGGAAAUGGUUAAACCAUCCUUAGACGAAGCCUUUGUGGUCCAAGAACAAAACGUUGCUUUAAACUUUAUCGGUGUUCGUGGUGCAAGACCAGGUGUUACGAAAGAAAAAAGAAUAAAGUAUGCCAAAGAAAUUUUACAGAAAGAAAUGUUACCACAUGUGGGUAUUAGUGAUUAUUGUGAGACCAAGAAAGCAUAUUAUCUCGGAUAUAUGGUCCAUCGUCUUUUAGUCGCAGCUUUAGGUCGUCGAGAGUUGGAUGACAGAGAUCAUUACGGCAACAAAAGACUUGAUUUAGCUGGUCCUUUAAUGGCCUACCUAUUUCGUGGACUCUUCAGAAACUUGACGAAAGAAGUACGGAUGUAUGCUCAAAAAUUCAUUGACAGUGGAAAAGAUUUCAAUUUAGACCUUGCCAUCAAAACUAGAAUUAUAUCUGAUGGAUUACGAUAUUCUCUUGCUACUGGAAAUUGGGGAGAUCAAAAGAAAGCUCACACAGCUCGAGCUGGUGUCUCACAAGUGUUAAAUAGACUCACAUAUGCCUCAACUUUAUCUCAUCUUAGACGUGUAAACUCUCCUAUUGGUCGUGAUGGUAAAUUGGCUAAACCUCGUCAGCUUCAUAAUACUUUGUGGGGUAUGAUUUGUCCCGCCGAAACUCCUGAAGGCCAUGCUGUAGGUUUGGUCAAAAAUUUAGCUCUCAUGGCUUACAUCUCAGUUGGUUCGAAUCCAUCUCCUAUUCUGGAGUUCUUGGAAGAAUGGAGUAUGGAAAACUUGGAGGAAACAGCUCCUUCAACUAUUGCCGAUGCAACUAAAAUUUUUGUCAAUGGAUGUUGGGUUGGUAUUCAUCGAGAACCUGAUUUACUCAUGGCUACUUUAAGAAAACUACGUCGUCAAAUGGAUAUCGUUGUAUCUGAAGUAUCAAUGGUUCGUGAUAUUCGUGACAGAGAAAUUCGAAUCUUUACCGAUGCAGGUCGUAUUUGUCGACCACUAUUGAUCGUGGAAAAUCAGAAACUGUUACUUAAAAAGUCACAUAUCGAUAUGUUGAAAGAAAGAGAAUAUAACAAUUACAGUUGGGGUGAUUUAGUUGGUAGCGGUGUCGUUGAAUACAUUGACACUUCAGAAGAAGAAACCGUCAUGAUUGCAAUGACACCUGAUGAUUUGCAAGAUACUGAAAUGGCUUAUUGUUCAACUUAUACUCACUGUGAAAUUCAUCCGUCCAUGAUAUUAGGUGUUUGUGCAUCUAUUAUCCCCUUCCCUGAUCACAAUCAAUCACCUCGUAAUACCUACCAAUCUGCUAUGGGUAAACAAGCCAUGGGUGUUUAUAUUACCAAUUUUCAUGUUCGCAUGGAUACUCUGGCUCACGUCCUUUAUUAUCCCCAAAAGCCAUUGGUUACAACUCGAUCUAUGGAAUAUUUACGUUUCAGAGAAUUACCAGCUGGUAUCAAUUCAAUUGUUGCCAUUAUGUCUUACACGGGAUACAAUCAAGAAGAUUCUGUCAUUUUAAAUUCAUCUGCUAUAGAUCGAGGUUUCUUCAGAUCUGUCUUCUAUCGAUCUUAUAAAGAUGCUGAGCUCAAAAGGAUUGGAGACCAAGAAGAACAAUUUGAAAGACCUAGUCGAGAUACUUGUCAAAAUAUGCGUAAUGCAAUUUACGACAAACUUGAGGACGACGGUAUUAUUGCUCCUGGUAGUAGAGUGUCUGGUGAUGAUGUUAUCAUCGGUAAAACAGUUUUAUUGCCUGAGAACGAAGAUGAACUCGAAGCAACAACCAAAAAAUUCGUUAAACGUGAUGCUUCAACCUUCCUUAGAAACAGUGAAACUGGUAUAGUUGACCAAGUAAUGAUCACCAUCAACAAUGAUGGUUAUAAAUUUUGUAAAAUAAGAGUAAGAUCAGUUAGAAUACCGCAAAUUGGUGACAAAUUUGCAUCUCGUCAUGGACAGAAAGGUACUUGUGGUAUACCAUACAGACAAGAAGAUAUGCCAUUUACAAGUGAAGGUAUCACACCUGAUAUUAUCAUUAAUCCACACGCCAUUCCAUCUCGUAUGACCAUUGGUCAUUUAAUCGAAUGUCUUCAAGGAAAAGUUUCCGCAAACAAAGGAGAAAUUGGUGAUGCUACUCCUUUCAACGAUACUGUAAACGUUCAAAAAAUUUCCGAGCUUCUUGCUGAAUAUGGUUACCACUUAAGAGGUUAUGAAGUAAUGUAUAAUGGACACACUGGACGUAAAGUAAAUGCUCAAAUCUUUUUAGGACCCACUUAUUAUCAACGUCUUAAACACAUGGUAGAUGACAAGAUUCACUCUAGAGCCCGUGGUCCUGUGCAAAUCUUGGUUAGACAACCUAUGGAAGGUCGAGCUAGAGAUGGAGGUUUACGUUUCGGUGAAAUGGAACGUGAUUGUCAAAUUGCUCACGGAGCUGCUCAAUUCUUGAGGGAAAGACUUUUCGAAGUUUCUGAUCCUUAUAGAGUUCAUGUUUGUAAUUUAUGUGGACUUAUUUGUAUUGCCAAUUUACGAAACAAUACCUUUGAAUGUAAAGGCUGUCGAAAUAAGACACAGAUAUCACAAGUUCGUCUCCCUUAUGCUUGUAAACUAUUAUUCCAAGAAUUAAUGUCCAUGUCCAUCGCUCCUCGUAUCGUUGUUUAAAAAUUUUCCAUUAAAAUCAAUUUAUUAAUUUCCAUCCAAAAAAAACUAUCUCUUCAAAUUACCUUUCAUUUUGUCAAACUUGCAUCAUUCUGGUAAUCAAAAAUUGUAAUUAAUAAAUAAAUUCAUUAA